CACACCCAUUCACAUACGUCUUCUGAAACCUCGCUCGCACAAAACCGCAUGACAAAUCGCACCCGUCGGCCAUGGCGUGCCAGCAGUCCCGCGCCUACGCGGCCAUCCUCCAGCGCAGCGCCGCCGCCGACCCCCGCCGCGUCGCCUCCCUCCACGCGGCGAUCCUCAAGCCGGGCCUCCUCGCCUGCGACCAGUUCCUGGCCAACCACCUCCUCAUCGCCUACUUCAGGUCGCCGCUCCGGCCCCGCCGCCACGGCCUCCGCCUGCUCGACGAAAUGCCCCGCCGCAACGCCGUCUCCUGGGCCGCCGCCGUCUCGGGGCUCGCGCACGGGGGCCGCCCCCGCGAGGCGCUCGCGCUCUUCCGCGCGAUGCGCCGCGAGGGGGCCCCGCCCAGCGAGUUCGCGCUCGUCAGCGCGCUCAACGCCAGCUCGCUCGUCGCCGGCGGCCCGCACGCGCACGCGCGGCAGCUCCACGCCCUCGCCGUCCGGCUCGGCUUCGAGUCCCACGCCUUCGUGCUGAACGCGUUCCUCGCCGCGAUGGUCCGGCACGAGCGGCUCGCCGACGCGGUGCGGCUGUUCCAGUGGGCCUCCGGGCGCCGCGACGUCGUCUCGUGGAACACGCUGCUCGCCGGGCUCGCGCGCCGCUCGCGCACGCGCAUGUGGAUUCUCUGGCGGAGGAUGGCCCGGGAAGGCGCCGGGGCCGACGGGUUCUCGUUCAGCACCGUGCUCUCGGGGCUGACGGCCGAUGCCGACACGGUGAGCGGUUUGCAGGUCCACGGACAGCUUGUCAAGAGCGGCUUCGGCGACGAUGUCUGCGUGGGCAACUCCCUGGUGGAGAUGUACACGAAGAAUGGGGCCCUGGAGUCCGGCGCCAAAGCGUUCGCCGAGAUGCCCCAAAGAGACGUCGUGUCGUGGACGGAGAUGGCCGCCGGUUGGCUGCACUGUGGCGAGCCCGCCAAGGCCAUCGGAGUCCUUGGUCCCAUGAUGCUCGAAGGAAUUAGGCCGAACAACUACACAUUGGCGACGGCAGCCAAUGCCUGCGCGACCCUCGCCGGUCCGAGCGAAGGGCGCAAGGUUCAUGGAUACGCCAUCAGACUGGGAGAGGGCUCCGAUGUCGCCGUGAACAACGCGCUCAUCGACAUGUACUCCAAGUGCGGCCUGGUGGACACCGCGCACAGGGUGUUCCAGUCGAUGCGGCAGCGGCCCGUCAUAUCCUGGACAACGAUGAUCAUGGGGUUCGCGCGGAACGGGCAACCUCAGGACGCCGUGAAGGUGUUCGACGACAUGCUUCUGGAAGGCGUCGCGCCUAACCACGUCACGUUCCUCUGCGUCCUCCAUGCCUGCAGCCAAGGCGGGUUCAUGGAGGAAGCCUGGAUAUACUUCAGAGCCAUGGCAGACAAGUUCGGCGUGGAGCCUGGAGAGGACCACUACGCCUGCAUGGUCGAUCUCCUCGGGAAAGCAGGCCAUAUAGAGGACGCCGAGGAGCUGAUAUCGCGGAUGCCUUUCCGCCCCGGGGUUCUGGUCUGGCAGGCGUUGCUCGGCGCCUGUCAACUCCAUGGCAAUGAGGCUGCAGCGAAGCGAGCUGCAGAGCGCGCGCUCGCGCUCGAGAAGGAAGACCCGUCGACAUACCUGCUGCUGUCGAGGACGCUCGCGAGUCGGCACGAUUGGGGCGGCGCCGGAAGGUCGAGAGGGCUCAUGGGGGACAGAGAAGUCAUGAAGCUGCCUGGGUCUACCUGGUUGCAGUCCAUGCCCGAGACUGAGAGUGCCCAGGCUUGCACAGCAUGAAUGAACAAUAAUGCAAAAUGUACAUUUUUCCUGAUGGAAGCACUUGAACCAUUUUCUGGCCUGAAAGGCUUCAGGCUACGAAGGAAAGUAGGUAUUUCAGUUAUCUGAGUGAAUGCCAUUUUGGCUUGGAUGGAAGUGAAUUGGCAGUUUUCGUGAA